AUGGUCGCAGACUCGGCAUACUACGACCUCCUGGGCGUCGGCGUGGAGGCGACGGAGGGCGAGAUAAAAAAGGCGUACAAGAAGAAGGCCAUGCAGCACCAUCCUAAUCCGGAUAACCCAGAAGCCCACGAGACCUUUCAAAAGAUCGGCCAGGCCUACGAAACGUUAUCGAACCCAAACGACCGCGCGACUUAUGAUCAAUAUGGGCCAGAUGGACCUCGUGGCGGAGGGGGAGGCGGUGAAUACGACAUGGACGACCUCUUCAAUGCCAUGUUUGGCGGCGGCGGCGGUUUCGAUGGGUAUGACGACUUUGGCGGUGGUUUCGGUGGCGGCUCCCAGUGGUCCUCUGGUGGCCCUCGACGCAAGCCUGCAAAAGGCAGAGAUACCACCGUGCCCUACGACAUGUCACUGGAGGAGGUGUUCAAGGGAAAGAAGGUGGUCAUGAACUUGGAGAGGGACCGGAUUUGUAAGGGGUGCACGGGAAGUGGAGCGAGGGCGGGUGUCAAGCCGAAGGAGUGUUCAAAGUGUGAAGGAAAGGGAGAAGUGUUUACCGACCGAAUGCUCGCCCCAGGUCUCGUCGGCAAGAUGAAGACGCCUUGUCCCGAUUGUCACGGCGCCGGCACAAAACUGCGCGACAAGGAGAAAUGCAAGAAAUGUAAAGGUUCCAGGGUACAGAAGGAGAAGAAGAGGGUAGAGUUUGAGAUCGAGGCCGGCGUGGAGGACGGAGAACGGAUAGCGCUCAGAGGCGAGGGCGAUGAAGAACCCGACGUACCAGCAGGCGAUGUCAUCUUCCUCAUCCACCACCUCCCCCACCCCUCCUUCCGACCCCAACCCCACUCCCCCGGCUCCCUCCAGAUCCUCCUCUCCAUCCGUCUCUCCGAAGCCCUCCUCGGCUUCUCCCGCGUCCUUUUUAUCCACCUCGACGGCUCCGGCGUGCACAUCACCUCCAAAAAGGGCGAACGCAUCAUCAAAUCGGGGUCGAUCUGGAAGAUUGAGGGAGAAGGUCUGCCGAUUAGGGGAAGUUGGGGGAAGAGGAGAGGGGAUGUGUAUGUUAGGUUUGAGAUUGAGUAUCCGGAUGAGGAAUGGGCGAGGAAGCAGGGAGAUGGGGAGUUGGUGGAGUUGCCGGGGAAAAAGCCGGAUUUGCCUAUCGACAAGGAGAAGGUGGUGUACAGGCAGCUUUCGGCAAAGCCUGUCAACUAG